AUGGUGGCUAUGGAUUUGAUGGAGCCAUCACGACGCGAGAAUAAGGUCGACGAGGGAGACGGGGGUGGAGGGAAGGGAAAGGAUUCGUAUGUCCAAUCACCUAGCGAUGGGCAAAGAGGAACUUUCUCCCACUCCUCGGGCAUGGGAUCGUCAUCGGGAAUGGGAAGGGAGGUAAUGGGUAUGGUACAAGUAGCCAUAUCCUUCUUUCCCUCGGUGCGUGUUCGUCAAGGGAAAGAGGAAGAGAGGAAUAGAAGAUGUGAAAAAAGCAACAUAAGAUACACAAAACGUACCACAGGAACAACCUCCUCCGAAAUCUUUCCAGGCAGGGGAAUUAACUCCAAGUAA